AUGUCCUCAUUUGCGGUUUUAAAAGAAGAAUUGGACUCGUUGAUAUUGGGUGUGAAUCGGUACAAUCCAAAUAAUAUCGAAAUCCUCGAGAACUGUAUCCAGGCGAUGGUACAGGAGAAUCAAUAUGACAAAGACAUCUUAUUCACAACUCUUAAAUUAUAUCAACUUAACCCUGAUAGAUAUAACGAGGCAAUCGUUCGUAUGAUCUUAUUGAAAACAAUGAUGAUGUCGCCACGAAGUGAUUAUGCUCUAGCGAAGUAUUUGAUCGAUUCGAGUCGGAUUCAGUCGCCUGAAUUGAAGCGGAUUUUCGAUAUUGGUGCACUGUUGGAAUCGUGUAAUUUCGCAGUAUUUUGGAAACUGAUGCGAUUCGAUUAUCAGCCUUCAAGCGAUUCACAAGAAUGCUUCAAACAGCCUGCCGAAGUACCAAAAAUCAUCAAAGCAAUUCCUGGUUUUGAAGAGAGUAUCAGAAAUUAUGCGUGUCAAGUCAUCAAUGUAACAUUCCAGAAUAUCGAAAAAUCACUUUUGGUACGGUUAUUGGGUGGAAUUUCGGACAAACAAGUAAAUGAGUAUGCAAAACGAUAUGGUUGGAUUCCAAAAGAGAACGGUGAUGUUUUGUUCGUGCAGAAUCAUGAAGCAACGAUUAAAAGUAGAAAUAUCGAAGAGAAGCUGCUCUUUGAAAAUUGCAAAGAUUUAUUGCGACAGUUGUGUUGA